CUUGGGGACCCUCCCGCAGCCAGUGCAAGGCUGGGAGGGGCUGGCCUGGGAGAGGUUGCCAGGCACCCAGCUGGGGCUCCUCCCAGGGCGCUGUGGGGCGGCCACGUUGCCUGGCGACCAGGUGGCCGCGUCCCUGGAGCCCAGACCACACAGUUGUGCGCAGCCCUGCCAGCUUCUCCCAGGGACCCCUGGGGCCCGCCCUUAUCCCCUUAGACAAGAACAGCUGGUGCCUCCGGUCACAAUGAGCAUCGUCCUCUCCAGGGACAGCCCAGUGAGGGUGAUGGAGCGCACGGUGACUGACGCCGAGAAGCACUUUGGCCAGUUCUGCUCGACGCUGGCCGCCUACACCCGCAGGACGGCCCGGCUGCGGGACAAGGCGGACCAGCUGGUCAGACAGCUCGCUGGCUUCGCCAGCACGGAGAACCCGGAGAUGCGGGCCACCGUGAGGAACUUCGCCGAGGACCUGGCCAAGGUGCAGGAUUACCGGCAGGCCGAGGUCGAGAGGCUGGAGACCAAGGUCAUCGGGCCCCUGAAACUCUAUGGCGCCCACAUCAAGCAGACACGGGCCGAGAUCAAGAAGUUCAAGCGAGUCCAGAAGAACGAGAUCAAGCAACUGGAAAAGCUGGAGAAACUGAGGCAGAAGUCCCCCUCAGACAGGCAAACUAUCUCCCAGGCAGAGACCAGCGUGCAGAGGGCCUCGGCGGACGCCGGCCGCAUCACCCGCCAGCUGGAGGGCAUGAUCGACGCCUUCCAGAAGCAGAAGCUGAAGGACUUUCAGAAAAUUUUUUCAGACUUCGUCACCAUUGAGAUGGUCUUCCACGCCAAAGCGGUGGAGGUGUAUUCCAGUGCCUUCCAGACCCUGGAGAACUACGACCUGGAGAGAGACCUCGAGCCCGCUCUCUCCUCGGCAGGAUUUCAGAGCCAAGAUGCACGGGGUCUAUGGACAUCACGACGCGCGGCCCCUCAAGGACACUGUCUCCUCCCCGGCUGUCCCGUGGUCUCUCCCUGGCCAGGGCGCCCAGACCAGCCUGCGGAGCCAGACGGGGGAAGAGGAGGGGAGCGUGGACGAGUCCGCCGAGGACGACGCCCUGGAGGACCUCCGAGGACGCGGGCAGGAUCGCCACCAAUAGGACCAGAACUCCCCAGAUGGAGAAACGGGGGCUGAGCCCAGACACCCCGGUCUAGGGUGCGCUGGGGGCCCUGCGGGGGGCUCUGGGUAAGGCACGUGCCCUCUGGGCCUCAGUUUCCUCAUCUGUACAAAAGGGGCGAUCUCGCUGACCUCACAGGGCGCUCUGGGGGUCACUGUGCCCAGCGCGGGGCCUGGUACAGACAGGUGCGCGAUGCACGUGCGCUUACCCUGGAUCGUGCUGGAUCUCCUUUCCCACCUUAGGACCAGGGCGUCUCAAGGGCGGAUUAGCCUCCGGGGCUGCUGUGACAAAGCGCCACAAACUAGGGGCUCAGACAAUAGGAGUUCAGGCUCUCGCAGCUCCAGAGGCCUGAGGUCUGAGAGCAAGAUGUGGGCACAGUGCGCUCCAGGCCUCGUCCCCAGCUUCCGGUGGCCGCUGGCCAUCUUUAGGGUCCCUUGGCCUACAGACAGGACACGCUGACCUUUGUCUUCCUCCUCACGUGGCCUCCUCCCUGCGCGAGUGUAUCUGCAUCCAAACUCCCUCGUUCUAUAAAGACCCGUCUUGCUGGCGCAGGGAUGCACCUAACUACAUCUACGACGUGUGUGACCUCAUCCGAGCUAAUUAUAUCUACAAAGACUGUUUCCAAAUAAGGCCACAUUCGGAGGCACUGGGAGUGAGCAUCUCAACGUAGGGGUUGGGGGGACGUGAGUCACCCCGAACACGCGUGUGGGCACGACCUUGGGACCAGGACUCCUCACAGAAGGCUGGGGAGCUGGAGGUGGCAGAGGUGAGGAAGGGAGCGAACACCACGAUUUUCUCACCAACCAAGUGGGGACGAGGACGUCCAUGGGAUCAUCGCGGGACUAACAUCCUCACCACGAGGCUUCUUAUUACCCCAGAUCCAGCUCCAUGGCGCCUCCUCAGGGAAGCCCAUCCUGAUUCUACCAGAAAGACCACUCAUUCCAAAAAUAACUAAAACAUUCUAGGGGCGUCUGGGCGGCUUGGUCAGUUGAGCACCUGACUCUUGGUUUUGGUGU